CGGAAGAAUCGCACCAUCUGGAAUUUAAUUAUCGGGGGGGAUCCGUAAGAGGAAAGUACGAAGCAACAAGUGAAACCAUAACGUGAAUCACAUAGGAAUUAUAAGCUCAUUGAGGGUUUGAAUUUUCCAGUUGACUAUUAUGUGACUGUUCUUCAUCACACCGUCAUCAAGCUCAUUGCUCUAUUAAUUAAUUAAAUACAGGCUGCAACAAUAACGAGGCCGAUUCGUCUGGUGCCAUCUUGUGAUUACAUUAUUCUUCAGCAGAAAACAAAAAGAAAAAAAACAACAACACAACACAACAAAAUAAAAUACAAAAAUGGGCGGCCGCUACGCUGACGCACACCGUGAUUCUCAGGGUGAAGGAGACGCCCGGCCGACGGCGCUCCAGAUCAUCAAGGACGAGGGCGUGGAGGGCAAGCUGAAGGGCAAGGUGAUUGUCAUCGCGGGCGCGACGUCGGGCAUCGGCGUCGAGACGGCGCGGGCGCUCAAGGAGACGGGCGCGACGCUGCUGCUCACGGCGCGCAACCGGGAGCGGGCGGAGAAGAACCUGGCGGGCAUCCUGGAGCCCGGGCGGGUGUCGCUGGUCGAGCUGGACCUGGACUCGUUCGGGAGCAUCCGGGCGGGCGCGGACAAGAUCCUGGCCGAGACCGACGGCCGGGUCAACAUCCUGAUCAACAGCGCCGGCGUCAUGGGCCUGCAGGAGCACACGCUGACCGAGGACGGGGUCGAGGCGCACUUCUCGAGCAACUACCUCGGCUUCUUCCUGCUCUUCCAGCUGCUCCGGCCGGCCCUGCUGGCCAGCGCCACCGACGAGCUGCACUCGCGCGUCGUCGUCGUGUCGUCCUCGGCCCACCGCGCCGGCGCCCUGCCGGCCAGCGACAACUACAGCUUCGAGAAGGGCGGCUACGACCACGAGGUCGCCUACAACAACUCCAAGCUGGCCGCCGUCUACCUGGCCAACAAGAUCGACCGGGACUACGGCGCCCGCGGCCUGCGCGCCACCAGCGUGCACCCGGGCGCCGCCAACAACACGGGCAUCUCGCGCAACGUGCCGCCCGAGUUCGUCGAGGGCCUCCUGAGCAACCCCUACGUCGUCAAGAUCCUCAAGUCGCCCGCCCAGGGCGCCGCCACCACCGUCUGGGCCGCCGUCGGCAAGGAGUGGGAGAACCGCGGCGGCCGCUACCUCGAGGACGUCGCCGAGGCCGAGCGCGGCCAGGACGACGGCCAGACCUUCGGCGUCGGCUGGGUCAAGCAGACCUACGACCCGGCCGAGGAGGACCGCCUCUGGAAGGACUCGCUCAGGCUCGUCGGUCUCGAGGGCCAGGCUUAAAAUUAAUAAUUAGGGGUCUAGGGAGCAAAGGCUAGACGGUAGAUACCUUUUAAGGUAGAUAGCCAUGCCUUGAGUUAUUAGAAAGAAAGCAAUAUUAGGAUCCCUUUUGAAAAUAUUAAUGACAACAAG